CGUCGCUCUACCCAGGCGGUUGUGUCGAUCUCGGCUUCAGCGGGAGACCCUGGCCGAACCAUGGCGGAGAAAACUCAAAAGAGUGUGAAGAUUGCUCCUGGAGCAGUUGUAUGUGUAGAAAGUGAAAUCAGAGGAGAUGUAACUAUUGGACCUAGGACAGUGAUCCACCCGAAAGCACGAAUUAUUGCAGAAGCUGGGCCGAUAGUGAUCGGUGAAGGUAACCUAAUAGAAGAACAGGCCCUCAUCAUAAAUGCUCACCCAGAUAAUAUCACUCCUGAUGCUGAAGAUCCAGAUCCCAAACCUAUGACCAUUGGCACCAAUAAUGUGUUUGAAGUUGGCUGCUAUUCCCAAGCCAUGAAAAUAGGAGAUAAUAAUGUCAUUGAAUCCAAAGCAUAUGUAGGCAGAAAUGUAAUAUUGACAAGUGGCUGCAUCAUUGGGGCUUGCUGCAACCUGAAUACUUUUGAAGUCAUCCCUGAGAACACGGUGAUCUACGGCACAGACUGCCUUCGUCGGGUGCAGACUGAGCGACCACAGCCCCAGACACUACAGCUGGAUUUCUUGAUGAAAAUCUUGCCAAAUUAUCACCACCUAAAGAAGACUAUGAAAGGAAGCUCAACUCCAGUUAAGAACUAAGAGCAACGUAUGACAGGAAGAUAACAUUUCAUCUUUCGCCGCUGUCCUUUGAAAGGGCCACCGGUUUAUGUACUCUUAGCAGCUCACAGAGUAAUACAUGUUGACUUUAUUUUGUAAAAUUGAGUUAGAGAGGAAAGCAAUGGGUUUUCAUUGUUAACUGUCCUCUGUAAUUUGUAUGAAAUGUAUUAUUUUCCUAUAUCCUUGUUCCUUUUCUGAUCAUUUGCAAAUUUAGUUUAUCUUGUAUUAUAUAAAAUGUUAAUCACAAAUUUUAUUUAUGUAAAAGACUACCCAUGAUAAGAAAAGGCAUAUUGUCACAUAUUUAUAUUCUAACAUAUACUAAACCAAAUAAAAAUGCUGAUGACAGGGCUUUAAGUGAGCAUACUUUAAUCAGUUUUUCUGUUUGCAUUAAUCUUCCCAAAAUAGCUGUCUUAAUUUUUAUUAUGUACUAGCUGUAUUAAAGCUAAUGUGUUUACCUGUUCCUCUUGUGGAUUUGUUGCGGUUUAAAAUUUUAGCAACUGUUGAAUUUAUACUUCACUUUGUUCUUAACAAAAAUAACUGGUUUUCUUUUUAGUAAGACAGAAGUAAUCAGGGAAAGAUGUCUUCAGUAGAACACAAAUUCAGAAAGAAUGAUGUCUGUUUAAAAUGACAAGUAAAUCAUUAUUUACUUUAGUGGUAUUCCUGGGUUUCUGAGGACAAUGAAACUAAGAGAUUUUGAAAUAUCUAUAAAUUUAUGAAUUAUUUUGGCA